AUCAUGGAUGGCUUCGUUGGGAUGACUCUGACUGGCAGCGACAACUUUGAUGAAUACAUGAAGGCCAUCGGUGUGGGCUUCGUCACCCGGCAAAUGGGCAACAUGGCCAAGCCGAACCUGGUGAUCAGCGUGGACGAGGCUGGGCUCGUCUCAAUAAAAUCUGACACGACGUUCAAGACCUCGGAGAUCAAAUUCAAGCUGAGUGAAGAAUUCGACGAGACUACAGCAGACGGCCGAUCCAGCAAGAUGUCCACACGUGACUUUCAGACAACCAUCACCCUCGAGAAUGGCAAACUUGUGCAGCAGCAGACUUGGGAUGGAAAGAAAACGACUCUCGAGCGAGAGGUUCAGGAUGGGAAACUGACCGCCAAAUGUGUCAUGGAUGAUGUGGUUGCAAUGAGGACCUAUGAGAAGGGAGCUUAAUUCACAAGUUGUUUGGACUGAUGCUAUUUCCAAUAAAGUCUGAACUGAUACUUCAA